AUGAGCUGGUUCCCCCGGCCGGCGGCCCUGACCGCCAUGUUCGGCGCGUCCUCCCUCUCCGCUGUCCUCCGUCGAGCCGGCGGCCUGUUUGCCCUUUUCCGGCCACUGCUCGGGUUCCGCCAGCGGGGCCUGCCAGCCGGAUCCAGACGCCCAGCCCGCCCGGCGGUCUGUGCUCAGGAGAUCCUCCAACGCCUGCCCACCAAGGCCCUUGCCGAGCGCUUCAAAGCCGCCGGGCUGCUGAUCCUGGUCGACGCUCCGGACGCCAGCGACCCGGGCCCCCUGACGGCGGACUUCGCCCAGGCUUCGGGGUCUCUGUUCUUUGUGCAGGAGCUCCGCCGCGGGCAGGUGUCCAUGACAGUUCCCGGGGGCAAGCGCGAGACCUUCGACACGGUGGAGCAUCUGUCGGCCGCGAUUUUCGGCCAGACGACGGCCUGCUUGGCCGGCAUGCCGGGCUGCACUUCCAGGGCCCCCUGCUCGGUGUGUGCCGAGUGCGAGGUGUACACCGAGGGCGGGCGCUUCACGCCGCUGGCCACGGCCCUGCGCGAGCUACAUGAGGAAGGGCAUGGCCGCCUGAGUGGGGAUGCCGUGCAGCAGCUGUUCCGCCACAUUGUCUUCGACCCCGUGCCAAGUCCCUUUUUCUACUUUGAGCAGGCGAAAUAUGUGCUCUUUUGUGCACGCAUCAACGCCACCGGGGCUGAGGCACUCCGGGCAAGCUUGGCCCAGAUCCCGUCCCUCAGCUCGGGGGGGCCCGCCGGGCAAGCGCCCGAGCAUCUGGACCCGAUCGUGCGCGUCCCGACCAACGCACUGCACGACCCCAGCAUCCUGCAGCAAAUCCCGACCUUCUCGCGGCACUUUUUCAACGCACAGGGCGUGCGGAAGUUCCUGGGGGUCGCCCCUUGCCCGCCGCGCCCACCGCGUUCCCCGCGCCAGGCCACCCCCCCUCCUCAGUAA